AAAAUGAGCAUUCCAUUUCCCACUAUAGACGAGGAUACUAGCCAUACUUUCACUGCAUUCCCCAGCAUAGAAGAACCCAGACGGCCACUCAGAAACAAGAACAGACCAACAGCCUUCUAUGGAUCACCGAACCCGCGAGCACCCCCACAGCCAUUCUCUAAGUCAGCUGCAAAGCGGGAAUCCGUCAUGGCACUCGGUUCCAUCCAGCAUUUGCAGCACCUCUACGCCAAGAAUGGUUUAGCCAGUAAGGCGAGACCAUCAAACGUACGCGACGCUUCUGACUUGGUGCUCGCUCUCGGUCCCAGCGCAGCCGACGAGGGUAUGCUAGAGCCACCACCGAGAGUUCAACUCCCACCCUCACCAGAUCCUCCCAUUUUGGAUGCUCCCAAUUGGAAUAAGCCACAGUCACCGUCUGUCGCACCUCAAACAGACCCUGAACUUCUCAAACCAGCCGUUGAACGGGAUAUCCAGCUGAUUAGAAAGUUAUGGGCAUUAGAUGCUUCAGAAGAUCAGACAGUCGAUAUUCUCCAACUAUUGAAAUCAACUACAUCAGCUAUUCGCUCUGUACAGCAAUAUGCGAUGGCUUUACCAUUAGACGACGUCUCUCCUUCAACGUCCUCGCAGGCUGCAAUCGGCCAUAGGAGAUUACCAACUCUUCGUUCAAUCUCCUACAAUAUUUCUACUGCGUCCCGUCAAUUUAGAGCCCCAAACCCACGCAAGACACGCGCCUCAUUGGGUUCCCCCAACCAGGGAGAACUUCUCGAUCCACUCACUUUAGUUAGAAACAGUGCAUUGGAGGUUCUCGCAGCUCUACAAGAGAUUGAGGAGCGUUGUCGCGUCGACUCGAGCACGACUAAUGACCAUAGCGAUAGUAAUUUCUUUCUCUCAAUCAAUGAUCAAUCCCAAUUGGAAACUUUGGAAACGGCAGAAUACCACCAAAAUGCUGAUUCCUUCACUCAAAUACCUACAAUUGAGCAACCACCAGCUGAGCCCUCGGUGUCUAACAACCCCACUGGAAACACUAUAGGAGCUACGUCAAUCGCUACACAUUACACAGGUAGCGGUAAACCUGUUCCUGUUUGGCAAGACUAUGAAACUCCUGAUAUCAACACACUGACAAAUGCUGAGGAAGCUGGUGAUAGGCCAUCUCGAGAGAGGUGGGAAGAGCGGCUCCUAUCUUCAAAUGGAUACAUAUACAGAUCUGACAUAAACAUCAAAGCAGAUUUCGAAAAGGAGCGCAAAAUAACGGCCAAGUAUAUUGCUUUAGUUGAGAAAAUGUUCCUCGAUACGAGUCAGACUGUCAGCACGAAGGCUAAACCACGACACUCAAGUCCAACAAGCUUAUCAUCACCAUCAACCACUUCUGAAAGCCACCUUGAUGAUGCUUUGACUGAUAUGUCAAUAAACAAUAGCAAUGAAAACGACGAUGAUAGUCACCUCCCAGAGUGGGCUCAGAAGACAUUAUACCAGAAUGAUCCAUUAGGACGUCUAUAUGCUCUAUUUAUGAGCUAUUUACCAAGUUCUCUCAAAAUUCUUUUACCAUCACCUUCAGAGGACCCAUCAGGAUUUAUGGAUAGGAUAUCCGACGGCCAGAUGCUCUGUAUUGUCUUUAAUAAUAUCCUUCGUCGUUCAAGACGCCCAUGGGGUUUCAUACCACCCCAGGAUAUACACGAUAUCGUAGGCCUCGAAAAGGAAGAACUCGAAGCUAAUGACGAUAAUAACAAAUCAAAAUCUAAAACAAGCUGGACUUUUAGACGUACUGACAACUUACGUAUUUGGGCAGCUGCACUAAAAUUAAGAUAUCUAAUAUCACUUUCGCCUUCCAUUUUACCAACUUUACCACACAUAUUGACGAAUAAACCACCAUCAAUUGAAAAUGGUGAACAGGAUGGUCAGUCACCAAUUAUCGCUUCUCUCUUAGGACAUCAAAAAUCAUCAUUCAACGCUAAAGCCGUCGCUCAAAGGCUUGAUGGAUGGGAACAAUCACUUGGAUAUGCAGCUGGACGAUAUCUCGAAGCUGUUGUACAUGAAUAUAGACUACAGGAAGGAUUAAAUAAUUGAUACAUGUAUUGCACUUUCACUUUUUUCACAUACCUAUAAAAUCUGAAAAAUAUAUUGAAAUUUGAAAAUAUACAAGUCUAUACAUUAUAAUAUUUAAAGCAUCUUAUCAUUUUAGUUCUCGCGUUCUUCUGGAACGAAUUCCUUCCAAGACUUGACUUCUGAUGGAAUGUUACCCUCUCUGUAACCGUCUAAACCGCCAACUGGCAUCUUCUUCUCAAGUGCUUCAACGAACAAUUGAGCGAGUCUAGCAUUGUUGAAAAGUGGUAAACCGAAGUCAACACAGUUACGACGUGCGACGUAAUCCUCAUCAACGGUAUCCUUACCACGUGAUUUAGCAAGGUUGACAACGAAUUGAAUUUCAUGAUCAUCGAAAACUUCACGUAAUUUACGCUUGUCCUUAGUUGGGAAGAAAAUUCUCUUAGUUGGUGAUAAUCCUGAUUCAUUGAGGUGUGCUUCAACUGAUGGGUUUGAACAGUAAAUCUUGAAACCUAAUUUAGUGAGUUUCUCAGAAACUGACUUCAAUUCUGGUUUGUUGAUGUCACCACCAACUAAAACACCUUUACCAGCUUUAGGAAUACGGAAACCAUUAGUUGAUGCCAAUGAUGCCCAGUAAGCCUCGUGAAUAUCCUUACCGAAUGAGGCGACUUCACCAGUGGAGGCCAUUUCAACACCAAGGAAUGGAUCAGCACCUGCCAAUCUAGUCCAUGAGAAUUGUGGGACCUUAAUUGCGACGUAAUCUCUCUUUUCAGCCAUCAAAUCAACUGGUUCUGGUACGUUCUUACCAACAAUAGCAGCUGUUGCGAUAUCAAUGAAGUUUCUACCGAGUACUUUGCUAACGAAUGGGAAGGAUCUUGAUGCACGCAAGUUACAUUCAAUAACCUUGAGUUGAGGUUCUUCACCAUUUUCACCAGAUUUACGGAUAAUUUGCAUGUUGAAUGGACCAGAAAUUCUGAAUGCCUUUGCAACCUUCUGAGCAAUUUCCUUGUAACGUGGCAUUUCAGCGUCUGGCAAUGAGAAUGGUGGAAGGACGAGUGUUGCAUCACCGGAGUGAACACCUGCAUUCUCAACAUGUUCUGAAACGGCGUGAACGAGUAAUUCACCGUUGUGAGCGACGGCAUCAACAUCAAUCUCUUGAGCGCUGUCAAUGAAUUGAGUGACAACAACUGGGUGAUCUGGUGAAACGUUUGCUGCUGCAGAGAGGUUGUGCUCGAGUGUUGAUUCAUCGUAGACAACGUUCAUGGCAGCACCAGAAAGGACGUAAGAUGGUCUAAUGAGUACUGGGUAGCCGACCUUGCUAGCGAAAGCUUUGGCAUCUUCGAGAGUUGCUGCUUCAACCCAUGCUGGUUGAUCAACAUUGAUUGAAUCCAAGACGCUGGAGAACUUGUGACGAUCCUCAGCCAUAUCGAUAUCUUCUGGUGCAGUACCGAGGACAUUGACACCUGAUUGCUUAAGACGGAGAGCAAUGUUUUGUGGAAGUUGACCACCGACGGAGAUAAUAACACCCUCCGCUUGCUCAAGUUCGUAGAUAUCCAUAACACGUUCCCAGCCGAGUUCUUCGAAGUAAAGACGAUCAGCUUCAUCGAAAUCAGUUGAAACGGUUUCUGGGUUGUA